CAGUAAGCCAGCACUCAGCAUCAGCAUAAGUAGAUUGAUUAUAUAUAGAGAGAUGAAUGUACAUACUUCAUUGAGAUCUAAGAUCAGUUGAAUUGUUUUUAUAAGAAGUUGCUCAUUUUUCUAAAAGUAAGUCAAAACUAGAAGAAAAAGUCAAAACUAGAAGAAGAGGAGGAAGAAGAAACCCAUCUCUCUCCACAUAGAGAAUAAAAUCCAUGGCUUCUUUGCGAUUUUUUGUUACCUUCCCCACCGUCCUCUUCCUCUUCUCUCUGCUGGUCGUGGAGGCACAUACUUCAAGAAAGAUGAUAUCAAAUAAGGAACAAGAAGGCCAAGAUAUUACUCAUUUGCUCAAAGAUGGUGAAUUCGAGGAUCCUUCAAUGUACAUGUUUUUCAACUUCAAUGAUCUUAGACUAGGAGCCAAAUUGCUCGUUUACUUCGACAAAAACGAACUUCGAACACUUCCUCCACUUCUCACACGACAAGAAGCUGAUCUCAUUCCUUUCACUAAGUCAAAGCUUGACUUCCUUCUCAAUCACUUCUCUGUCUCCAAAGAGUCUCCUCAAGGGAAAGCCAUGAAGGAGACGUUGGUACGUUGUAACUACAAGGCUAUUGAAGGAGAGUAUAAGUUUUGUGGGACCUCGUUGGAGUCAAUGCUUGAUCUUGCAAAGAAAACAAUAGCGUCUAAUGCUGAUAUCAAGGUCAUGACGACUAAAGUAAUUGCUCAAAACACUAUAAGCUACGCUUUACAUAAUUAUACCUUCGCCGAGACUCCGAAGGAGCUUGUUGGGAUUAAAAUGUUGGGAUGUCACAGAAUGCCAUACCCUUAUGUAGUUUACUAUUGCCAUGGUCACAAAAGUGGAGCCAGAGUCUUUGAGAUUAGUCUGGUCACAGAUGAUGGGAGACAACGGGUAGUGGGACCUGCUGUCUGUCAUAUGAACACGUCUAUGUGGAACGCUGAUCAUGUAGCUUUCAAGGUGUUGAAGAUAGAGCCAAGGUCCGCACCGGUUUGCCACUUCUUCCCUCUUGAUAACAUCGUGUGGUUAGCAAACUAGGAAAUCGAAGCUUGGCUCUCUUCUCUACAUAUGUUGAUGUGAGUAUGUGUAUUAUAAUAAAUAACUAUGGUUUGAAAGAAAAAAAGGCUUGUUGGCUUUGGUGAUUGCCAUCUUUCGUGUGACUUGCAGCUUCUUACGUGAAUACACUACUACAACUAAUGUAACAUAUAUAUCAUGCAUCCUGAUAUAAUAUUGUAUCAUUCUGUAGAUAUUACUCCAGAAGUAGUACAUAAAUGAGACUUAUCCUAUGAUCAAAGUUCCAAUUACGA